AUGGAGACGAUCUGUACCUACAAUGCACGUACACUUGCAUCCGAGCCCUCGAUAGAAGACUUGCUCAUGCAGGCAGGAAGGAUGCGGCACGACGUCAUCGACCUGACCGAGACGAGAAGACGUAAGCCUUUCAACGUCGUAUAUGACAACGGAGAAGAACUGUUCCUCGGAACAUGGAAUGGUGGAGGAGUCGGCGGCGUCGGCGUUCUCGUCAACAUGAGUUUGUCCAUGAACAUCGAUUCAUUCGAACAACUUACAACCCCAAAAAGAACUUUUACAACCAAAAAGACGUGGGUCAAUUCCGGCUUUGACAAACUUCGUCGUUCAAGCGCCGACAUCAAACUAUGA